GGGAAUGCUGACUCCCCUAGGAGGAGGCCAGUCUCAUGGAAGGCAGAAGUGAAUUCAGGGGCACCCUAGGGCAGCGUUUGGGUCCCCUCACUCUCAUCUGCCUCUGUCUCUCAUGCAGCUCGAGCACCAAGGCACUCCCUUUAGUGAUCCUGACUUCUCAUACCCCGGACUCUCGCUCAUAACCCUGCCUUCGACCGACAUGCCCUUCGAGAACUGGAGUGGCCUGGAAGAUGGAGAACGUCUGAGCCUCACCCAGGAGGCCUUCUGGUCCUUCAGCCAGCAUUUCCAGCUUGCGAAGGAUGACCAGAGUGACCUAAACCCUAGCAAUUCCAUUGUGGUGGAUCAGCUUGAGGAAGCAAGACUCAAGGCCAAAGGCCUAGCGGGCAACUUGGCUGGCAUCAUGACUGCCCUGGACCUGCUCACCCCCCCGGAAAACACCGCCCUUGGUAGUGUCCCUUUAGGGGACUCGGUCUUCGAGAGGAAGUGUCGAGGGUAUGUAAUAAUCCGGGACUACAGCUUUUGGACAGACCGAGCUGUGACUUUCUUGGGUGAGCUCAAGGCCAAAUACUCUGAAUAG